AUGCUAAAUAUUCAAAACUAAAACCCUACGCAUAAUUAAUUUCACUAAAAUUAAUUCUGCGGAGUCUUUUUCAAAAACAAAAAACUAGCUUAUCCUUUUAAGAAAGUCAGCAUAGUCUACUCUCGCUAUAGAGAGCUCUGUUUAUUCCCAAAUAUUAGCAAUAUUUCCAUUGACAGACUCAGAAGUUUAAAGAAGACACAGAAGAAAAAACUGGAGAUUAAUACUAUACAUGAAAUGCAAGACAGAAAACAAGGCAAGACAGAGAUAAACAGGCAAGACAUUGAGGCGAAGAUGAAGAACCAGAAGAUAGCUAAAAAUUAAAAAGAUAAUAAUUAUUAAAAGAAAAAAGAAGAAAGAAGAAUUUAAAAAUAAAAAAUAAAAUUUAAAUAAGUUAAAAAUUUGAAAUAAAAUUAAAUAAAUUAAGAAAGAAAGAAAGAAAGAAAGAAAGAAAUAAAUAAAUAAAUAAAUAAAUAGACAAUAAAAUAAUAAAUUAAUAAAAAAAUAAACAAAAAUAUAAAAAAUUUCAAAUACUAACUAAAUUUCAAUUAGCUUCAAUUACAUGCAGUUCUAUUAGCUUUUAAUUUUAAUUUUUGUUAUUAAUUUAUAAAAAUUUAACAAACCAAAAUAAAUAUUGAUAAAAUAAUAAAAUUUAUGAUUUUUACUCUUCAAAAUUAUUGCUACAAAUUUUGA